AUGGGUUCGGUCAAGACACCCUUGGAGAGCGUGCAAGCAUGUUGGGCACGCGUCUCCCAGAAUUCCCCUGUCUACAAAUUCUUCUUUUCGGACAUCGAACUGGUCAGUGCCACAGACGGCUCCAUGGUCGCUCGCCUUCCUGUCUCGGCAAACCUGCUCAAUUCUAAGGGUGGAUUGCAUGGCUCAGUCUCCGCAACCAUCGUUGACUGGGCAGGGGGGAUGGCCAUUGCCAGUACCGGCCUGGAAAAGACCGGGUUGAGUACCGACAUCCACGUGUCCUACGUCUCGAGUGCAAAGCUGGGCGAUAUUUUGACCAUCGAGGGCAAUGCCAGCAAGGUGGGAAGAAAUAUGGGAUUCACCACCGUCACAAUAUACAAAGGCGAAGGUACAAACAAGAGCGUGGUGGCCCAUGGCACUCAUACAAAAUACAUUCUUCGAGACCGGGAGCAGACCACGACCUCGUGA